AUGCCUUCUUGCUUGAUCGAAUCACCCCAGAAGCCUAUUCAAGGCCAAUCUCUUUAUCACACUUGUCUCUCUGUCCUUGACAGAUUGGCUCUCGUCAAUGGAUUCCAGCAAUUCCUCGAUUCACCAGUCCAGAAGACUCAGUUAUUAAAUACCGAUCCUGUCACAAAACUGUGGAACCUAUGUCAGCUCGGAACUCCUCUCUACACCCUAUUCAAUGCACUCGACCCAAAAGAACCCCUCACUCUCGAAUACAACCACAACCUCAACCAGGCAAACAACGCAAAGGCAAUAGUCUACCAUUUUCUGGUCAGCUGUCGAAAAGAACUCGACUUUGCUGAAGAAGAUCUCUUUGGAAUCACUGACAUCUUUCUCGAUGACACCAAUGGAUUCGUAAAAGUUGUCAAUACGAUCACAAAGAUACUACAGAUCUUACAAGACCGUGGCGUCAUCAGUGCCAAGUCUCCCAAUCGCAACUCUGAUCCAAAUGCUCCAAAGGAUACUCGCGAUAAAAUUGUACUUGAAUUGCUAGAAACCGAACGAAAAUAUGUCCAAGACAUGGAACUUCUUCAAGCAAGUACAAAAGAACACAAAAUAUAUAUUCCAUACAACAUACUAACCAAAUUUUUUUAUGUUUUUAUACAGAGCUAUAUGCGUGAAUUACAGAUCCAAAAGAUCUUGUCCCCAGACACGGUCCACUAUCUGUUCGCCAAUCUAAACGCCCUAGUCGAUUUCCAGCGUCGGUUCUUGAUCCAGCUCGAAGACAUUGCCGAAAAACCAGCCCAAGACCAACAACUCGGCCUUUUGUUUGUCCAGACCGAAGACGCCUUUAUUGUCUACGAGCCCUAUUGCUCAAACUACUAUGCUGCCCAGGACCUCGUCAAGGAGAAGGCGGCCGAGCUGCAAAAACUCGACCACGUCCUCAGCCCAACCCACCAGCUGCUCUCCAUGCUCAUCAAGCCAAUCCAGCGCAUCUGCAAGUACCCCCUGCUCAUGUCGUCCCUACUCAAGAGCACAAACCCAUCCUGGCAAUCCUACCCUCAGCUCAUCCAGGGCUCAGAGGCCAUCAGACGAGUAGCCGAAAAGGUUAACGAGACCCAGCGCAAACAAGAAAAUCUACAACUAGUCCAAGAUCUCAAGAAAAGAAUGGACGACUGGAAGGGUCCUCCUAUUGAUUCUCAUGGUGCACUCUUGCUACAAGAAAAACUAAUGGUAACCGUCAAUGACCUCGACCGCGAACAUCUCAUUCUCCUGUUUGAAAAAGCAAUCCUGAUCUGCAAGGAGCUCAAGGAGGGUUCCAAGAACAGAUUGACCAAGACAAACACUAUUAUGAAGAAAAAGCGCAGAGCCAGCAUCCAAGCCAAGGGCACAAUCUCCGUUAACCGGAUUACACACAUUCUGAACAAGUCCACAGCCAGCGGUGGUAAGUACUAUUCGUCAAGUAAUAGUAAUAGUGUCCAACAAUUCACCCUAAAGUUCCGUAAUGAAGAACAACUGAAACAGUGGGAGGCUGUGAUUGAUAAGACUCGCAUGAACAUCCAAUCAACCUCGAGCUCCACACCCCUACUUCCAACCCCAUCCCAGUCCACAAGCGACAAGACCUCUUUUAUCGACUCACUCGAUGACGACGAUGAUGACGAAAGUACCAAGAAGUUUAUCCGACCAAUUGCUUCAUCGUCUUCUCGGCUAUCCGAACUUGCCAACAUUCCACUGUCCUUGCUAUUAUCCUCUACCUCUACUUCUACAUCAACAUCCACAUCGAGUGCUUCUUCUGGGUCUUCAUAUUUUCCACCAUCGUUGUUAUCACCUGUGACUUUGACUGGUUCACAAGAUACAUUAAAAGUCAAAUUGACUUAUAAUGAGGGAGUGUAUUGUAUCGUGACGCCUCAUCAGAUCAAGUUUUCUGAUUUGAUGGAACGGGUUGAAAAGAAGAUCAAGAUCGUUGCAAAUCUGAAGCCAAAUGCGGUCUUACGACUCAAAUACCGGGAUGAAGACGGAGACCAUAUUACCAUCAGUUCGGAUGACGAUGUUCAGAUGGCAUUCGAAAGCCGUGGACAGAACACAGUCAACCUCUUUGUCACCCUCUAA